GUCCCAGUGCAUCCCUCCCUCUGCAAAUAUCAUAAUAAUUCCUUCUCUUUUAGGUACAUUUCUCAUAUCCUCUCUCUAUAUGUUGCUCUUUUGUAUUUUUUAACAGUAAAAGUGAAGAACGUUGCCUGAAUCAUAUCAGGUUUAGAUUAAGGCUUUGUGGAGUUGAGUUUGAGGAAUCAAAUUUUAUCGAAUCUAAGUAAGUGGAUCGAUCGAUCAGAUGGCGUCCCUGGCUCGGUAUCGGUUCUCGAUGCUAACGAGGCAAUUCCCUAACAUGGGUGAGAGCCGCCGUUUCAAAUCACAAUCAGUAGAUGUUGUUUCAGUCCCUCAAAACCAAUCAAUCCGCUUUCUGAACACCAAGAUUUCCAAUCCCAAACUUCAAAUUCCAUGUGCUGGAGGAGGAGGCGAUGCAGACGGUGGGAUCGGUAGGAGCGGAGGAGGCGGCGGAGGAGGUAGAGGAGAUGACCAGUCCAAUUCGAAUUCCAACGACAAUUCAUGGCAGGGUGUUGGCAUUCUGGGUCUUUUCCUAAGCGGCUGGAGAGAUAGGGUUGCAGCAGAUCCCCAGUUUCCAUUCAAGGUUAUAAUGGAAGAGUUAGUGGGAGUCAGUGCUUGUGUUCUUGGGGACAUGGCUUCUCGUCCUAACUUUGGUCUUAACGAGCUUGAUUUCGUUUUCUCAACUCUCAUUGUGGGUUCCAUAUUGAAUUUCACUCUCAUGUAUCUCUUGGCACCAACAGCCUCCGCUGCUUCUUCAAGUCUCCCUGCCAUCUUUGCAAAUUGCCCACAAAGUCAUAUGUUCGAACCGGGCGCUUAUACAUUCAUGAACCGUUUAGGGACUUUUGUCUUCAAAGGGACUGUGUUUGCUGCUGUUGGAUUCGCUGCAGGCCUUGUUGGAACCGCAAUCUCUAAUGGGUUGAUCAAGAUGAGGAAGAAAAUGGAUCCCAGCUUCGAAACACCCAACAAGGCUCCUCCUACCUUGUUGAAUGCUCUCACCUGGGCUAUUCACAUGGGUGUUAGCAGCAAUUUGAGGUACCAAACCUUGAAUGGGAUAGAGUUUCUGUUGGCGAAGGGAGUCCCCCCGUUGGUAUUUAAGUCAUCAGUGGUGGUUCUGAGAUGCUUAAAUAACAUACUUGGAGGAAUGUCAUUCGUAAUAUUGGCAAGGAUGACAGGAUCACAGAGUGUUGAAGCGAAGCCAGCGAUGGUUGAGGUUGGAUCUGUUGCCGAGAAGGAGAAGUUGGUGGUCGAAGGUGACAACUUGGACACCAAUCAGUCAACUUUCAAGUGAUUUCAAACUCUUUUUUAAAAAAAAAAAAAAGAAAAAAGAAAAAACCUCUGGGCAGUUUUAAGUUUUAGGCAUUUUGUCCGCCCGUGUCCGUAGCUUGGAUGUAACAUGUGAUCAUAAUUAAUACUUGGAAUAAGAUCCAGUGUAUCCGGGUUUGAUGCCA